AUGGUGGCGGUAUCCUCCUCUCGGGGCAAGCCUCCGAAAGUACGGAAAGGGGGCACUGAAACAACAAAGGCCCAUCGCUUCGAGCCGUUCUCCCAGCGCAUCGGGAAGCUGAAGAUCGAUCCGAUCCAUCGUGUACGGCGGAACGACGUGAGCGACGAAAAUGGCGACGAUUCUUUCUCCCACUUCCGGGCUUCACUGGAGCACUGGACGGAGCUCAAUCUUUCUGAAAACUUUACGGAAUUCUCUCAGCGCGCCAGCCGCCUUUGUGAAAGCCUCCCGCAAGUUCUGUACCAUCAGGAUGCGAUCAUGGAUUUAUUGGUCGAAUACAUAGGGAGGAAAGAUGAGCUGAGCAUGGAGCCUCUACUGAGCCUCAUGGCGCAAUUUGCGAGGGAUUUGGGCUCGAGGUUCGAAAAGCAUUUUGCGACGGCAGUUCAACUGGUCGCUUCGGUGGCUGCUACCCAUCCAAGCGUCGAGGUGAUAGAAUGGAGCUUCACCUGUCUGGCGUGGAUUUUCAAGUUCCUAUCUCGCCUGCUCGUCCCAGAUCUACGGCAGUUACUGGAGAUAAUGUCUCCGUACCUAGGAAAACAGCCCCAGAAGCAUUUCGUCGCAAGAUUCGCGGCAGAGUCCAUGUCCUUUCUCAUCCGAAAGGCGGCUCUGGUAUACUACAAAAACAAAGCUCCGCUCGAACGUGCCGUUGCAUAUCUUCUGGACGACCUCAGCAAAACCGAAGGGACGCGUCAAAUUGAAAUGUAUCAAGACGGGCUUAUGAAUAUGUUUGCGGAUGCAAUCAAAGGCGUCAAAGGCGGAAUACAUUCAAAUGGCGCGGAUAUCUUGCGGUGUCUAAUAUGCUCUGCUGCUGUGGACGAUGAAGCACGAAACGCUGUUGCGGAAGCUGUCCUCGGUGGUAUUUUGAUCAAUCUAGUUCACCACAGCACGCCUGAUUCGUUUUCACCAGUCCUCGAUACCAUCUGCGAGCAUAUCGAGGCGUCGAAAGUCACCGUGGCGCAUUUCAAAGUCAAUACCCGCUUGAUAUUCCUCAGCGUAGUAACACGCAAAGGGUCUAGAGUACAAAACUGGAAGCCUAUUCUUAAAGCCUUACUUUGUUUGCUGAAACAAGCGGCCGAAAGCUCGCGGUACAGCCCCUCCGCUGUCGAUCAAUUGCUGGGAGCUACUGCUGUGGCUAUACAGACUUCCCCAAUGGAUGAACUGCUCCCAUACAUGCGACAAUUAAUGGAAAUCACCAUUCACGAACCACUAUCACAACACUUUUUGCCUUUCUGCGUGUUUCUUUCAAAUUUUGGCUCUGACCGAUUUCACUCUGUCGUUUUGCCAUAUUUUCAACGAUUUAUACUCUCGCUCUGGCAGGAUUAUGAAGCAGGUCUUUGCCUUGCCCUACCUCGGCUUCAUGGUUUGGACUGCGUAACCUCGCAGUCCAGUAGACCUGGUUACGUGACUUGCCCAAGUGGUUGGAAGGACAUUGUGGCUGGACGAUUCUCUAUCCAAGACCCGACAAUAGACGACAUUGCUUUUCUAAACGCCUACACCGUGCUGCAAGACACACUGUCUUUCUCUAAUCCUCCCCCCUCUAUUGUUCCUCAUAUACUGGAGAGCCUUCACCACUUGGUGCAGUCGGCAGCAAAUCCAAGCCCGAGUCACCCAGUGGAUUUGGACGCAUUCGCUUGCGGCCAGGGAUUCUUCGCAUAUGUUCAAUUGGCAGUGCAGCAAAAAGAGCUUGACAGCAAUGUGUGGGAUCUAGUCAGCUCGAGGGGUGCUGAAUUCGCCAAUGUUCCGGUGUUUCUGGAAGCCACGUUAGAAUUCAUGACUGCUUCUCCACAACCGCCUCAAUUCUCCGAACAGAAAAUCGAGCCUUUUGCAGAUGCCCUUCUUUCUAUACUCUCAGGUCCAUCGCAUGAGCUCAGAUUAUCAGCUCUAAAAAUCCUCCAAGGUAUUUUCCGUUGGCUCGACAUUGAACACCGUUGUAUUUCGAUCGCCAUUGAGAUCGAGGACAGCGAAUUGACGCUGCAAACUGCACGAGAGCUUUCCAUGCAAGUCCGUCGCCUUGCUAGCCUUUAUGCCGAAACGUCCAAAGUCAAAUGGUUGGAUAGACUAAUCCCCAACUUUUGCUUCGGCUUAUUGUCAAAGAAGCUGGCCUCGUUAUGGGAUGACUCCUGUCAGGCAAUCAAAGUCGUAUGCGAGAAUGCUAAUGGGGAGCGCAUCGUUACGGAGCUUGCCGUGGGUUGGCUUCAGAGCGGUAGUGCUUACGGCUCCGACGAAACCGGCGACGCAGCUCCAGCUGAAGAUAGGCACAUUGUUACGUCCGAAUUUCAAUGUUUUAAUGUCUUGAAUGUUGAGAAGUCUCUUUUAUCGUCCGUUGAAGAUACCAGAAACUCGGGGCUUCGGCUAGUCGACGAGUUUAAAAAGAUGCAUAAACCUGUGACUCCGGCUCCGGUACAUGCGCGGUCUCAGGCCUUGCGUGUAUUGACCGCCGUGCCACAAGUGGCGGAGAAAAAAUCACGGCAACUAGUUCCUCUCUUCUUGUCCUGGGCUUCUAGAGAUGACGAGCUUCCGAAUGCCGUUGAUGUCGAGUCGUCCGCGACGUCAACCGGAGAUAGAACAAAAGCGCGUUGGGAUCUACGCGAUAAGAAAGCGACACUGGCUCUAUUCGGGCAAUUUACGAAUCCCAAAGUUUUGUACAAGGCAUCUGAGGUACAUGAAGCUCUUACAGUUCUCCUGUGCAACGGCGACUCCGAAAUCCAGAAGCUUGCAAUCAAGGCUAUUUUUGCCUGGAAAAUGCCUGCAAUCCAGCCCUAUGAGCAGAAUUUGUUGAACCUCAUCGAUGAUGCACGAUUCAGGGACGAGCUAGCUGUUUUCGUUCAGACUGGCAAGGACAAUAAUAUCAUUGAAGAUGAACACCGCGAAGGGCUAUUUCCUUAUCUUCUCCGUCUCCUGUACGGUAAAAUGGUUGCGCGUGCCGGCUUACGAGGUUCUCAAGGAGGUGGCCAGGAAGGCCGCCGAAAGGCAAUUCUCAGAACUAUCUCGCUUCUUUCGGAAGGGGAGCUAGAGCGAUUUAUUCUGAUAGCGUUCGGUGCACUAGCCGAUAUCAACGUUCUUGCGCAGAUGUCCGAGCAUUUAGACUUGCUUUCUCAGGAGGUUAUCGGACUCAGAAGGCAAUAUGGUCUGUUAAAGAUGAUUGAAACGAUGUACUCGACUCUGAAGCGCAGAAUGCAUCCAUAUGUGGAGCGCACCAUGAAUGUCAUCCUCUAUUGCGUCAUUCGAGCGUGCAGGCAACUACGUGUCAGCGACGAAACAAGUGAGGAAGAAGCUAAUCAGGAUACCCAAACGUCCCUGUUCCGUAAUGUUCGGCAAAUGGGCAUUCGUUGCCUUGACCUUGUGUUUUCAGUUGCGCCUGAUGUCAACUGGGCGCCGUACAUGCCAAUAUUGUUUGCGGAGGUCAUCGAUCCGAGGUUACAGAACUUUGCCGUGGAAACUGCUCAGAGCAUUUCUGGACUUCUUCGAUUGUUUGGAACCUGGUCAUCAUAUCCCAAGUCCGCCCUUUACCUUGGCCGCAGUGAGGUUGUUCCUCAUGUCGUCGAUAUCUUAGGCGUCGAGUCUGCUCGUGGUGAAGUGAAGCUUUUUGUUUUGGACCAAUUCCUUAACGAGCUCGUCAAGACUGCUACUGAGCCGGAAAAAGACAAGGAUGGCGACACAGAUAUUGAAGCAAUGAAUCUAGUUCGGUCCAAAAUAUUAGCUCCUCACAUAGAGCAUAUGUUGUUGUUGAUCGAUUCCCUACUCAGAAAACAGUCCUCUCGCCAGCUCACGAUGUCUGGAGUGGAGACACUAUCAAAAUUGGCGCAAUUCGUAGAGUCGUCCGCUAAAACCUCAAAGCUGAUAAACACAACUAUAUACCUCCUGCAACAGCCCCCGGACAGAGUUCCUCCCAAAACAAAAGGGGGGCUACUUCGCGUCUUGCAGCAUUUCCUUCCCUUGUACAACCCACGGGAUAAUGGAGAACUUAGCCGACAAAUAUUCGAAGUCCUUUCAUCGAUGUUCGAUUAUUUCAAAGAUGAUCCAAACCGAGAAUUGCUUUCCACAGUCUUUACUCUGUUUUCUGCGCAUGAUUCGGAGCUGACUGAGGUCUCCAGGUUGGCUGCGGAUUUGAACUCCCUAUCCUCCAAAAGGCUUGACGAAGUGGAUUUUGACCGGCGCCUGGGUGCUUUUCAUACGAUCAAUGAACAAAUGUACUCUUCAUUUUCUGCGAGGCAAUGGCGCCCAUUACUGUAUAACUUCCUCUAUCACGUCAAAGAUGAUGAGGAGCUUGCGAUCCGUUCAAGUUCUUCCCUUGGGCUUCGACGUUUCAUUCAGUGUGCCACUGCCAAAGAGGAGUCAGAGGAUAUACAAUUCCGCGAGUUAGUUGAUACAGUGCUUCUACCCUCUUUGAAAAAUGGAGUAAAGCAAAAGGCGGAAACCGUUCGAGUUGAAUUUGUGACUGUGUUCGGGUAUUUCAUUCAGCUACACCCCUCACGUCCCGGAGUAAGCGACCUUCAUGACUUGCUCGCAGGUGGUGAUGAAGAAGCUUCCUUUUUCAACAAUAUACUUCAUAUUCAACAACACCGUCGUCAGCGUGCGCUUCGCCGUUUGGCAGCUGAGGUUUCAAAAGGAAAGAUCUCAGCAUCGAACAUCAGCACCAUUUUCUUCCCUCUCAUUGAACAUUAUGUUUUCAGUCAAGCAGAAGAUGAGAAUGCUCAUAACCUAGCAGCGGAAGCCAUCUUUACAAUUGGCGCGCUGGCUGGAGGAUUGGAAUGGAGCCAGUUCAGGGCGAUAUUCCGCAGAUUCAAAAGUUACCUCCAAGGAAAAUCAGGGAUGGAAAAGGCCGUUAUCCGCCUUCUUGGCCAACUAACCGACGCUCUUACGCGUGCUGCGGUUCCCAGUCCAGACAUGGUUCAGGAAUCAGCUGACGAAGCCGUGAAGGGUAGACUUAGCCAAUCCAUACCUAAUUCUGGCCAAGUCGCAUCGGAACUGAAAACCCAUUUUAUUCCGUUUUUGUCUGAAUUCAUCCAUCAUAAGGAAGAAUCUGAAGUUAGUUUGCGCUUGCCUGUGGCAGUCACGACUAUUAAGCUCUUAAAACUACUCCCGGAGGACGAGAGGGCUCUAUUACUCCCACCAGUGCUGUUGGAUAUAUCUAAUAUCCUUAAGAGCAAGUCUCAGGAUUCGCGAGACGUCGCCAGGAAAACCCUAGCUGACAUUGCGUUGAUACUUGGCCCCAGUUAUUUCGGAUAUGUCCUGAAGGAACUUCGAACCACACUCACCAAAGGAUACCAACUGCACGUUCUCUCUUUCACAGUUCAUUCCAUCCUGGUAACAACCAGUGAGGAAUUUAAACCGGGUGAUUUGGAUCAGGACCUACCGGUGCUUGCGUCUAUUGUUAUGGAUGAUAUCUUUGGCACUGUUGGCCAGGAAAAAGACGCAGAAGGAUACGUCAGCAAGAUGAAGGAAGUCAAAGCUAGCAAAAGCUUCGAUUCAAUGGAGCUUCUCGCGAAAAAUGCCUCUGUUGGUCACGUCUAUCAGCUUGUUCAGCCGAUCCAAAGGCUAUUGGAGGAGAGGCUUACUUCGGGCAUUGUCAAGAAGGUCGAUGACCUGCUCAGACGAAUUGCAAUCGGACUGCUUCGGAACCCUGGAGCCGAAAGUCGAGAUUUUUUGAUUUUUUGCUACCAGGUGAUCAAAGAAUCGUAUAAAACUCCAGACGCAUUACAGUCCGAUGCUAGAGCGAAACCCAAAGAUCGCUUUAUCAUUAAGAUGAUUGCGUUCAAUAAGAGCGGGACUGGAAGAAGCACUUCAUCCUAUCUUUACAAACUCGCACGUUUCGGCCUUGAUGCCCUUCGAUCCGUUUUGAACAAGUAUAACAGCCUCUUGACAGCAGAGAAUCUGGCCGGUUUUCUUCCUAUAAUUGGUGACGCUCUGGUGCAAGGUUACGAGGAGGUGAAAAUUGCCGCGAUCAGGUUACUUUCGACCAUCAUAAAGCUGCCUCUGGAGGAAAUCGAUCGGAAUUCCGAUGUAUACCUCGUUGAAGCCAUGAAACAGAUAAAAGAGGCCCCAAGUACGGAUACUGAAGGUGCACAAGCUGCUAUCAAGCUGAUUUCAUCCAUUUUGCGGGAACGUCAAAGCAUUAAGCUGAAAGAUUCACACCUUGCGUAUUUACUUAAACGCGUUUCUAGUGACAUUGAAGAACCCGAUCGACAAGGCAUCACUUUCAACUUCAUCCGUGCCGUUAUGGCAAGGAAGUUUCUUGUCCCUGAGAUGUACGAGCUGAUGGAUAAUAUCGCCGUCAUGAUGGUCACAAAUCAUACUAGGAAUGCGCGAGACCUUGCAAGGGGCGUGUAUGUCCACUUCUUGAUUGACUAUCCACAGACGAAGAAUCGCUGGUCGAAGCAGCUGGGAUAUCUAGCAAAGAAUUUGGAUUAUCGCCACAAAGAAGGUCGACAGUCAGUUCUAGAAGCUGUGCAUCUUCUUCUUACCAAAACAAAUGGAGAACUCGCUCAAGAUAUAGUGGGCACCUUCUUUGUUCCAAUUGUUAUGGUUAUGGCCAACGACGAAUCGCCCGAAUGCCGAGAGAUGGCAGGCAUCCUUUUGAAUAAUAUUUAUAGUCGAGCUGAAUCCGACCAACUGAGAUCUAUUCUUUCUUCUAUUCGAACAUGGCUGGAACGAACAGAAAACAUAUCUUUGGUUAUUACCGGCCUGCAGGCGAUGCGGAUAUUUUUCGAGUCUGAUGCAGCAGACAAGGAAAAUGAGGCGCAAUUCGUGAUAACCCUGCUUCCUCGCCUCAUGAAAAUAUCUCUCGACGAUCAAAGCAGUGCAGAGUGGGAAACUCUCUACUACUCUCUACAGCUGUUCAUCAAGCUCUCCAAACUUUUCCCGUCUUUAACAUUGAGCCCUACCUGCGCGUCUAUUUGGUCUAGAAUCCGCCAAAGCCUUUUCUUUCAUCAUAUUUGGAUUAAAUCUUGUGCUGCCAAUUUAAUUGGAACAUUGUUUGCCGAUGUUGCCAAAGCCAACGCAGUUAAUGGCUACGGCUCUCGACCGCUUACGGGUUCAUCCGGUUUUGGCUUAGACGACAACGCUAUGCUUGAAAUCACCCGCGGAUGCAUGUUUUGUCUCAAGACUCCGACCAUUACUGAGGAUUUAGCUACGCAAACCAUUCGCAACCUCGUGUUUCUUGGAAGAUGCUUCGCGCAAAACAAUCUCGAGCUUCCGAAUAAAAACGUAAAAGGGUUCGUUGACAUGGAGGACGAUAACAUUGAUUCGGAAAGCGACGUUGAUGAGGCCAUCGGCUCGCCAAAGCAACGUAAAAAGGCAAUUCAAUAUGUCUUUGAGCAAGCCGCCCGAAUUCUGCGGCGAGGACCCUUGACAACGAGAGCAGAAUCGCUAACAGCAAAAACGGCCUGCAUGAAACUCAUCGCAGCGCUCUGCAAUCAUCUUGAAACAGCACAGAUAUCCCCGUCUCUGCAAAGCGUGCUUCUACCUUUGCUUCACAUGACCGAUCCGUCUAUUCCCGCGCCACGAUCGAUGGAUGAAGGGUUCCCAGACUACCUAUAA